AUGCAAGUCGUCGCCAACAGUGGUGCUAGCGCACAAAAUCUUCAAAAUGUUCCUAUUGUCCCUCUUAACAGUGUUCCCCCAACGGCUCAAAGAGAAGUAUUGCCAACUACAAUCAAUGAGUUGUUACGUUUUGAGCAUGUAGCAAAUUUAACACCAGGAAGACAGUACAGAAUGGCAAGAAACAACAGAGAGUACACAGUUGUUGCUGUAACUGGUAAUACAGUGACACUUCCAGGACUGAACGCCAUUCAUCGAGUUGAAAGAUGGGAAAGUGGCUGGGAUUUUGGUUACCAAUUUCGAUAUAAUAAUGGAGGAAAUCCAAUGAUAUGCACUUUCAAUCCAGAGGGGUUCUACAUCACACCAAAUCAGAAUACGGUGUACAAUAACACUUGGAACGAAAGAAGUUGUGGUCAUGGUAUUUUACAAAAACGUAAAACAUACACUAAAAGUGACAUUGAAGUAAUUCAAGUGAAUUUGAAUAACGCUCAAAUUUGUUUAGGGACAAACACUGGAAACGCAGCUAAAAGAAGUAGUACUCCCCAACGCAUCGAAUUCACAUCAAAUGGAGGAACAUGCACAAUUGGAAACAUAAAUUUGAAUUUUAUUUAA